AAGAUUUCUAGUAUCUUUGCCUAGACUAGAUUGUACUCUCUCCACGACGAAAGGGUUCAAGAAGAGAAUAAGACAACGGUAUUUAUUUAAUUUUAUACCAAAAGAAAAGAAGGAGGAUUGGAUUCUUCUACUGUACUGAGGCCAGGGGGCCUAGCUGCUUUAAUAGUGAAAUGCUUCCAGCAGAUGGAAAACACCAGCCAGGACUUCAAGUUGCUUCAGUAAUUGGAUCUGCCUUCAGAACAUUACUUGGUCCAAGUAAAAGUGUGAAAUUUUUUGUUGAACAAGAUGAACUUGAAAGUGUUAGCAUUACCAGUACAAGGGAACUACUACAGUUACUCGAUACCCAGCACCCUAUUGGAGAAAUGAUAGCCUCGGCAGUCCAGACUCAUGAUAAUGUUUAUGGCUGCUAUUCUACUACCAUGGUUGUCUUGCUUGGGUAUUGGUGUCAAGAGUUCAAGAACCUAAUGAUCAAGGGUUAUCCAAUAAGUUCAAUGCUGGCAGUUGGGGAUGAGUUACUGGAAUUUUGCAUCAACGUUGUACAGAAAUCAUCAAUAUCACUGACCCAAAUAAUGUCACACCAGCUGGAAGGUCGGUCUAAUGACUCAUACUUAUGCCAAGCUCGAGGCAUGGCAUCAUGUUCAAAUAUAGAAGUAAUUGGAAAAGUCUAUGAUCCUGGUGGAGAAAUAAAGAGAAAGGAAACAGGGAUGAUGACAACAUCUGAUCCUGAUGGAAUUACUCAGAUAAUGAAAGCAAGUAACGGAUCAACUGAAAAAACAUUAAAGAAUUGUGGGAAAGAAAUUUACCAGGGAUACAUGAUACCAACGGAAAGAGAGAAAAACAGCUGGUCUACAUAUCAGGAUAUCAUGGAAGACCAGGAUGUUUCAUGGUUCUUUACAGAUGAAAACAAGGCAGAACAGACAGACUUGCAAAUACUACCUGAAGUGAGCUCAACCGAUACGCUCAGAAUGAUACAAUGUGAGGAUCAUCAGGAUUUUGUUAAUGCAAUAGAGGAUUAUGAUGUUUUGGGCUUAGGAACACUAUGUGAUGAACACCUUAAAUUAUCUGAUGUAGCAACAUUAUCUGUUACUAGCUCUCAGAUUUCUAAAAAUUUAACAGAAAUGCAUUCCCUUAAAACACUUUCUAAUGACUUUGUUCACUCAGAACUGCAAAGAAAUUCUUCAAAUCUACCACAUCAUGUGGCAAAAUUGAUUGAAAGGCAGGAAUUAGUAUGUAAGGAUCCUGACAGCGACAAUGAAUUUGCCGGCUGUUUCGAUAACUUACCCAAUGUAUCUCAAGAUGAGAUUUUUUCACAGAGAGGAACUAAGUUAGAUCAGCCUGUUAGUGGCACUGUUUCCAUGGAAGAUAAUAACUGUCCAUCAGUAUAUUUUCAAGGAUAUACUAAAAAAUUAGAAAUUAAUGAAAUCCUUCCAAAAGCCCAACAGAAUUUGACGGUUGAUAUAGAUUCUCUUAUUGAAAAAAAGAUUAAGGAAUCAUCUAAGUUCUCAUUGCUGAAAGGAAUGUCACAUAGCAGACAUUUUAGAACCAUAAAAAACACUGACAAUGAAGUUGGUAAGAUACAAAACGAUGAGUUUAUUGCAGAAACACAGCAGAGUGAUGAUAAGAAAUUAUCUGAGGUAAAUAUCAACUCAUUCAUCAACAGAAAGGUAGAAGAAACCAGAGAGAUGAGAACUGACAGAGUUCAAAUGCAAAGCCAAUAUAUUGAAAUAGAGCAACACCAAGAAAUCUCGAAGCCGCCUUCAGAUAAUGUGCAGUCGGCAGUCGGGAGGACAUUCAGAUGCAUAGAUGAUAGGAUUGCCAACGUUGGAAGUAAAGACAAUGAAAGAAACCAGACAGCAGACCACAAAAUAAAGUCUGUAUCAAAACUUAUGAUUGUAGAUGAUGCAUCCCAACAAAAUGUUGAUGACCCAUUGGAACAAGAUCAAAAGUCAUUCGUAGAGUUGGUGGAUUUGCUAGGACCUGCUCUUUCGUAUGAUUCAGAACAAGCAAUGAAAAUCGCCAUGCAGAUGUUUAAAAGUACAACCAGAGAAAUUUUGAAAGUAAAUGUUAAUACAAAGUGGCUGCAUAUAUGUUCAAUGCUAGGUCCUCCAUCCUCUGAAUCUAGGGUUGAAGCUGGUCUCAUAUUGCCCACCACAAGCCACCAAGUCCCCUUAGUCACAGUACUCAAACAAUCUCAGCCUAAGCUAUUGCUUAUUUCUGGGGAUGUACAACCUAGAUAUCAUCACCUCGGAUACAAAGAAUCACUGAAACCUGAAGUCAUUGUUAAGUCAGCUUCAACUGUACACACUUCACAAAAACACUGGAAACAGAAAGUCCUUGAUCUUUUAAAACAACUAAAUAUCAGUAUUUUGGUUACCAAGGGAACGGUGGAUAGCAGUCUCUGUGCGGACUGUUUAGCUGAGAAUGUUUUGGUUGUACAACAAGUGAAGUAUUCCGCAUUAAAAAAACUUUCAGGUGGAUCAGGCGCCAAUAUUUUAACAUACAUUUUGGAUGCUGAAGAGGUUGACGUAGGAUCUGUAUCAUCCUUAAACACAUUAGAAGGUGGACAGACUAAAGGUCAAGGUUCAACUAGUCUAUGCAAUCAGAGCCAGUUUGUCCGCAUCGAAACAGAAUCAAGUAUUCAAACUGCUGUUUUGUGUGCCCCAAGCCAGCCUCUACUUGAUGGGUUGGAGGAACAAUUCAUGUCAUGUAUACAUCGACUCACUCAGGCCUUUGUGGAUGAAAAAGUUAUUCCUGGAGCAGGUUACACAGAAAUUGUGGCAAUAAACAACCUCAAUAACUUGACUGUGCUAGAAACAACCGAUUUGGUCGACAGGCACGAUAUAGCAAAAGCUCUCCAAUCAGGCUGGGAGUCCUAUCUCUUGCAGCUAGUUUACAAUUGUAGGGGAAUCAAUGACUGGUCUCAAGGAAUGGAUUAUGUUGCAAAAGCUGUGCACAUGAACACAAGUCCAUGCGGAUGUGAUGUCCACAGGGUUGUUGACUGCGUCACUGCUAAGGUAGCUGCAUGGAAAACUGCCUGGAAAUUGCUUGGCAUCAUCCUGCUUACUGACACACACAUUUCAACUGGUUUAGAUGAUAAUGUACUUUGAUUUAUUUUUGUAAUAAAACAACAAAAUCUGAAUCCUCUUGAACUGUGAUUAUGUUUGAAUGUGUCCAUUUUUCUACUAAAAAAUGUACAGUAGCUUAUUCAAAAGUGGGCCCAGCUGGCUUGGGGCCCUCUAAAUUUUUCUAGAGUUGCCGUAAUCAUACAUUUUCUUACUUUAGCCCCAGCCAUGGUGGGGCUUAGGUGGAAUAGACCCUUCAUCUGCCAUUGAUGCACCUAUAUCAUCAGUAAUAAAAACUGUCAACUAAUACAGUGCCAUACGUUAUCCUCAGAAGAUAGCCAAUGGACCAAGAUUAGUUUUUUUUUUUUUUUUAACCCAAACAACCACUGGAUUUCAUUACUACAGUACAGUACUAUUUUUAUACGUGGAAUUGUCUUGUUUUACUAAAAGGAUAUUUAUGUAUGUACAAUGCUACAAAUAUUACUAAACACAGAUACACAAUGGCAGAAGCUAUAAAAUUUAACCAAUAAUAGUAUAUUUUUGCAAAUGUUAGUACAGUAAAAAAAUAUAUUUGUACUGUACAUUCUAUUCCCUACAGCAUUUUAUAUAUUCUAAUGCAGCUUAUAAUUUAAAAAUCCUGAUUUGCCCAUAAAUUUUAUAAUGUUAUUUUUUGGAUGUUAUGUUUUACCAUCACUUUGCAAACUCAAGAUGUUUUUCUUUUGUAUUUUAUUAAAGAUUAAUAA